UUCCUCAAUCCCAGUACAAUGUAGUUAUCGCCGUUAAUGUGUAUUCCUUUACAAUUCAUUUAAUAAUCCCCCCGCCCCACACACACAUAACUCUCUAUAAUUUUGGCAUCAUCUGUAAAGUGUAUACUGCAUCUUGUUUGAUAAAUUGUAUGCAAAUUUUCCUUGUACAGUAGGUCUGUAAAUGCAGCGAUUGUACGACUACUUCAAUCUUAGGUGUGAAGGUCCCGGGCAAAAUGAUACAGCAUGUGGAACGUUUUCCCCUGAAGGUAGCUGCCAUAUCUAUUAUUUCAUUUCACUCAACGUAAGCUUGUUUAAUUAUUUCGUGUUAGCUUAUGUCUAACGAGUCCUAUAAUAACAGUUGUAAGUCAUUUUUGUUAUUGUGUUUCUUGUUGAGGUGGGUAAUGGGUUGUUUUCAUCCAAAGCAGUCGAAAAUUCAUUCAGAAAGUGAAAGAGUCUAGAGAGGGGUAAACCAAGAACCAGAAAGGCGACCAGGAAACAGCGUGCUGAGAUGAUAAUUGUCAUUUGGACGCUGACGUCACUUCCCCGGAUUCUCUCAGCUUUCAGUGAACUUCCCCAACCAGUCAACGUGGAAAUCAUCUCCAUUAAUUUCAUUCAUAUGCUAACAUGGGCACCUGGACCAGGCACACCUGCGGAUAUUUACUACCAAAUCGGUAUCAAUACAGAUGUGGGAACUGCCUGGGUCCCAGUGACUGGCUGUCAGCAUGUCCAGUACCCACUGGUUUGCAACAUGACAGGGGCCUUCUCCGAUCCAAGGCAGGUCUACAUAACCCAGGUUACAGCCAAGUGGCGAGCUGAGGUCUCUCGACCAGCUACCCACCCUGGAUUCCAGCCCAUCAAAGACACUCACCUGGACCUGCCAGUGGUGGCUGUGACUCCUUGUGGAAAAAAUCUGUGUGUGGACCUUCUGCCUCCAAUGCGGCAUCUGUGGGAGUUCUACAACUCACUCAGUUACCAAUUCAGGAUCGAGAGCAGUGGUCCAAGCAGAGCUCCGUUUUUUCAGAAAACCAAAUCUCUGAAUGGAACUGUUCUGAAGAACCUGGCUCCCGGCAGGCGCUAUUGCAUCUCCAUUCGAAUCUCCGACAGACUCGUCCCAAGGGAGUCCAACUACAGCCAGCAACAUUGCGCCGUUACCCCGGGGAUUUAUACUUCAGACUCUGUGACCUCAGCUGUGUUGUGUGUUAUUUCCAUUGCCGCUAUCGUCAUUGUGAUCCUUCUCAUCUAUACCGGAUUCCUCUGUCUGAGAAACAUUCGUGUGCCAUCCGUUCUGACAUCCAUCCAUCACACGAAAGAGGUCUGGGUUGUUGUGCCCCGCAAUGCAUCCCUGUCUUCCCUCCUAAUUAUGCCAACACUGCACUCCCCAUGGGAAGAGAAGGACUGUCAGUCAUCAGAUCUUUGGAAUGCCGAAAGCUCUUCUGGAAACGGAAGUGGUUACAAAAUGCGUUUGGCCUCGGAUUUAUUGUGCUCGUCAUCUCCGUCGCUUCCUGUCACGUCUCAGCCAGCGUCACUUCCAAACAACACUCCAAACCCGAAUUCUGUGUUUUCAUCCGUGGAUGUUUUUAGUCCUCUCCCCCAAGCGUGGAUUUGGGAUGCUACAUCCCAACAUUCAUCCACAAACGCAGCCUCGCUUUCUGACGAUCUCUCGAACUCAGACUGCGGUCCAGUUUCAGACCAAGCUAGUUUUACAGCUGAGAGGUUACAUUCAAUUGAGGUGGAAAAUUGGGAGGUUGAAAAAAGGGAUGAUCAAGAUGUUAAUCUCCACUCUCUAAUUUGGGGUAGGUAUGUGGAGGAAGAGCAGAAAAACAUUUUGGACCAACGGAAUGUGGAUACCGUUGAUUUGCAGGAGCAUGAAGGUAUUUCCGUGAUGCCGCCAGAAACUUGGGACGCCGAGGGUGCGCACAUUGAAGGAACUUCCUGCUCUGAUGAUGAAGAAGAGCAGCAAGAUGAACAGUUUUUAUAUAUGAGACGCCCGGUUUCUAUCUUAUAGGACACAGCGCUGGAUAUACAGAGCUGCUAAAUGUGACAGAUCAUCAGUAUUUUUUGACAGAAAUUGAAUCGCUCAAGCAUUAUGUCCAUAACACUGAUUGUUCUAGAUGUUUUUUGUUUUUAAAUCCAGUGUCUCACAUUAAGGGUGGCCGGUGUGUCACAAUGGCGCUGUGUCGACCCACCAAAACGCUUCUCAGACGCUGGCAAGUACAAAUUUGAUUCAGGAAUUAGAUGGGGGAAGGUUGGGGGGGGGGGGCGAAAUUACAUUUUCAUCAUAUAAGAUGACCUUGAUUUGUCCAACAAUGGGGACAUUUACAUUGUUUCACCAGCAACAGCGGAUACCGGAAAUAAAAAAAAAUUGAGAAGCUAUUUGUACACUACACAAAAUAGGAACUGAAUCUAUUGUCCAUGCAUAAACAAAUCUGUAAUCUGUCAGCAGUGUUUUUUUGUUUUUUUUAUUAAACUAAAAAAUAAAAGUGAUGACUUUC